CCCAACACCCGCUGUAACACACACUGGUCGAUUUACACUGAUGGAGCCCGGGUCAGCAUGUUGUCCAGGCCUGCUGGUUGCAAAUGACUGGGAACUGUACGGAGACUGGGAUGUGUGGUCGCAAUCUAUAGCAUUUUUUAUAUAGGAACAGUGUCUGUUGUAUUGCAAUGUACGUGUUGUGUAGAUUUAGAUGAAACAUUAAUUGACAGCAAGUUGUUAGUGGAGAAAAGACGAUAUACAUUACAAUUUACAUGCAGAUUAAUGGGAGUGAAGCCUGUUCAAGGAUCUUCCAGCAGCCUGCUAACGUGGAGGCUUUACAUUGACCUCUUGACCUUUCUUAAACUCUUGUGUUCCUGCUUAUGUCCCCCAGGCUGGGUAUGUCGGAUGAGGAUUCCCGUACCAGCACCGGCUCUUCCUCCUCGGCGUCCUCAACUCAUCAGCAUCAGGAGGAGGACGUGACCCCCCCGAAGAAACGAGAAAGCAAAGCCAUCAUGAGCAAGUCCUCCAAGCUCAUCUCCACUAGUGCUAAAAGAAUUCAGAAGGAGCUGGCGGACAUCACACUGGAUCCACCACCAAACUGCAGCGCCGGACCUAAAGGAGACAACAUCUAUGAGUGGAGGUCGACCAUCCUGGGCCCUCCAGGCUCCGUGUACGAGGGAGGAGUGUUUUUCCUGGACAUCGCCUUCACACCAGACUACCCCUUCAAACCCCCCAAGGUGACGUUCCGCACCAGGAUCUACCACUGUAACAUCAACAGUCAGGGGGUGAUCUGUCUGGACAUCCUGAAGGACAACUGGAGUCCUGCCCUCACCAUCGCCAAGGUCCUGCUGUCCAUCUGCUCCCUGCUCACUGACUGCAACCCUGCCGAUCCCCUGGUUGCCAGCAUCGCCACACAGUACACAACCAACAGACCUGAACAUGACAGAAUAGCCAAACAGUGGACCAAACGCUACGCCACAUAAUCACCAGAGGGGCUGCUGCUGCUCGGGGGGGCGGGGAUGAUUUUUAUCUCAGAAUUUAAGUCUUAACUCUUAAGAUAACUUUUGUUGUUGUCAUUUAUUUUAUUAUAACUAUAAUCAAAUUUGGCAAUAAUGCGUUUAAUGUUUUCUCUUGUUUUGUUUUUUUUAGCUUGAGCUUGAAGGAUGAAUGUAAAUACUAAAUGUAAUGUAAAAACUGUUUGAUGAAACUUGUCACAGCAUGAUCCCCGAAAGUCAAUAUAAAUUCUCACAUGCAUUAAAGGUUCUUGUUGAAGUUUG